AGCUGAAAUAUCAGGGAGACUGGAGACCAGUGAGAUACUCUGACUCUGACUGGGGACUAAUGAUUAACUCUGACGGGAUGAUAGAAUUAAACUCUUUCUGGACCCUGGAGACAGCAGCUGUUGCCUGUAGAGAGCUGGACUGUGGCUCUGCUGUUUCUGUAGGAGAGAGAGAGGAGUCCUCAGACAGACCUGUGUGGAGGAUCAGGUCUCACUGUGUUCAGUCUGGAUCUGCUCUGAGGGAGUGUGUAAGAUCAGGUUCCUCUUCCUCCAUCCUGGAUCUCACCUGCUCAGACCUGCUGCUUCAGCCCAACAUCUCUGCGUCCUCCUCCAUGGACGGGGUCUCCGAGGCCCAGCAGCAGGGCUUUCAGGUGUCCAGGGGCUCCAACUUCACCAUCAGCUGCUCCAUCCAGCCACAGUACCCGGGAGGCUCCUUCCAGCUCGCCUUCACCUCCUCCAUCACAUCACACAACUACACCCAGCCAGCUGUCAAUCACUCUGCCCACUUCCUGUUUCCUGCCGCAGAGCCCGCCCACCAAGGAAGCUACAGCUGUGUUUAUCACGUCCAUGUUUUUUCUCAUGACUUCUCCUCUGAGAGCCGUCGGCUGUUUCUCACUGUCUCAGAUCCAACAGGUCUUCUCAUCAUAUUGGUCGUCCGGCCGCUGACUCUGCUGCUGCUGUUGGUGUUGGUGAACGCUGCCCUUUAUUUCUACUAUAAGGCCAGCAGGGGGCAGAAGCCGGGCAGGCAGGAGGACAUUGAGCUGGAUUAUUAUAACCUGGGUGUUUGUGCAGCUGAAGGAGGGCCGACUGAAGAGGAAGGAGCUCAGGGAGCAGAGUAGGACCUCCAAGGAUCAUCUCAGCUGCCACACAACCCACCAUCAGCUCAGUCCAGGAUUUUACACUUUUAUACUGAUGUUCCCUUUAAACAGUCCAGCUGGAAUUAUUAGAUUACAUUAGAAACAUUUUAUUACUCUCAACCACAGGCAGAAAUUGUGGGAGGGUUGGG